GGACCCGGGGGAUCGUGAGGAGACGUUCCUUUCCGUAAACCACUCCCCGAGUGACAAGCAUCAGGUGGCCGUGGCAACCACUCCGGCGCAGCGUCCCUCUAGAAGCUGCCUGUACGCAACCAUUGCUCGGCCGAAGCUUUCUUGGCUUCGCUGCUCCUAGUCGGGGGGCCAGCUCUCCGGCACUUGGGGCCUGAUGAUCGGAUGUAAGGUUCCGCCGGCACCAUGAAUGACAGGUACCAUAGGGCGGCCCGGGAUGGCUACCUGGACUUGCUUAAAGAGGCCACACGGAAGGAUUUGAAUGCUCCGGACGAAGAUGGAAUGACACCUACGUUAUGGGCUGCCUACCACGGCAACCUAGAGGCGCUGCGACUCGUCGUAGGCAGAGGGGGGGAUCCGGACAAGUGCGACAUCUGGGGGAACACGCCGCUCCACCUGGCGGCCGCCAACGGGCACCUGAACUGCCUGUCCUUCCUGGUGUCAUUCGGUGCCAACAUCUGGUGCCUGGACAACGACUUCCACACCCCGCUGGACAUGGCGGCCACCAAGAGCCACAUGGACUGCGUGCGCUACCUGGACUCCAUCGCCGCCAAGCAGACGGCGCUCAACCCCAAGCUGGUGAGCAAGCUGAAGGACCGGGCCUUCCGCUUGGCCGAGCGCCGCAUCAAGGACUGCGUGAAGAUGCAGCGCAAGCACCACCGGCGCAUGGAGCGCCGCUACCAGCGGGAGGCGUCGGAGGCCUCCGUCUCGGACGCCAUGAGCUUCUCCAGCUACGCCAGCAGCACCCUCAGCCGCAAGCUGCCCUUCCAGGGCGCCGCCACCGUCAGCGUGCCAUACUCCCAGGCCACGCUGCACGCCACGGCCAGGGGCAAAACCAAGAUCCAGCGGAAGCUGGAGAAGAAGAGGCAGGGCGACGGGACGUUCAAGAUCUACGAGGACGGGCGCAAGAGCGUGCGCUCGCUCUCGGGCCUGCAGCUGGGCAACGACGUCAUGUUCCUGAAGCAGGGCACCUACCUCAGCCCCAAGGAGCGCCGGCGCCGCAACGUGCGCGACAUGUUCCCCGGCGACGAGGACGCCGUCUCCCGGGCCAUCAGCGACCCCGGGCUGCACCACCACGCCGCCGCCGCCGCCGACGCCGCGUACUCGGAGGUGAGCGCCGACUCGGGGCACGACUCGCUGUUCACCCGCCCGGGCCUGGGCACCAUGGUGUUCCGCCGCAACUACGUCAGCGGCGGGCUCUUCGGCCUCGGGGCGCGGGACGAGGGCAGCGUGGGCGGGGCCAGCGACGAGCCGGCCCGGACGCCCGGCGCGGUGCGCCUGCGCAGCCGGCUGCGGCGCUCGCCCAGCGUGGACGACAGCAUCGGGAGCGCCACCUCGCUGCAGGACCGCAACGCGGACGAGCUGCCCUGGGACGAGGUGGACCUGGGCCUGGACGACGACCACGAGCCCGAGACCAGCCCGCUGGAGACCUUCCUGGCCGCGCAGGGCAUGGGCGAGUUCAGCCCCAUCUUCAAGAGGGAGAAGAUCGACCUGGAGGCCCUGCUGCUCUGCUCCGACCUGGACCUCAAGGGCAUCCACAUCCCGCUGGGCCCCCGGAAAAAGAUCCUGGACGCCUGCAAGCGCCGGCUGGAGACCCUGGAGGACCCCGAGGCCAUCGAGGACACCGAGCUAUAACACAUGGAUUUGUCACAUCGGUGACAAUAUUCUGACGCACGGACCGACCUGUCGGACAAACGGUGUCUGUUCGUGAGGGGGUUCUGGUGCCAAGGGCGGGGCUGCUGGGCGGAGUCCGGGGCCCAGUUGGGGGGUGCUGUUCGGAGUGGCGGUCCAGUCGCUUCGAAGCUGGCUCUGGUGCCGCCACCCUUCCUGCCACGAAAGCUCGCAGCUCAACAAAAAUGAGAUUAGCAGUGACAUAAACGAAAUGAGGGCCUGUUCGUUCCCAUCUCUUAACGAGAGGGUGAACCAGCCUGUAGUAGCACGGCAUCUGAGAAACGAACGGCUUUGGACUGUGCGGGGUGGUCUGUGGAGCUUGGUUUGGGGGGGCCCAGGUGCUGUUCACCUUAAACGCCCUCCCACCCCCUGCAUUACUGCCCCUCUUGCCCCUGUGGGGCAUUUAUUCACCCCUCAAGCCUGCGCCCCUUUUUACAUUUGUGAAAAUAAAAGAACAGUUUUGUUUUGUUUCCUUGUUUAUAAGGUUCUCCUGUACAGUUGUGUUGAUCUGCCGAGCCAUCAGACGGGGUCGACGCCAGAAGACACGUUUGUGGCGGGGACACUCUCACGCUCUCUGGAGAUUUUGAAGGUGGUCGCGUCGGCAACAAAGAAAUCCCCCUUCGUCUGUGGGGGCUUCCACAGAGAUCAGUUAGCCUGCGCUAACGUUUAGCAUUACACACGAACAUUGAUGAGCCUGCUCGCCCGAACCAGGCCAGGCUUCAGUUUGGAACGGGUGCAAGCAGGGGACGUGGGCCAAUUUCUCCUGUUCCUCUUAUUCCUGUGAUCAUUCCACACACGCUACUCUUCCACUGCCCCCUUUCUCUCUUCAUGCUGGUGGAUGGAAUUAUAAGGGAUUGUGAAGCCCGAAAAUGGGUGGAGCUACCCCGGCAGUUUGCUGUCAGUCACUGACUGGAGAACCAACCAGAAGACUUGGCUCUCCAAGGCAUGUGUUUGGGUCGUAUGAGUGAGUGGUUGAUGACUGACGAUGACAGCCCCCUCCAUUUUGAAGGGUUCGCAAAUCCUCACUGCCCCCCCCCCCCACGUUCACAAAAGCGACUUGACGAACUGGGACUGACCGUAACUGCAAGUAGAAUGUUCUGGAUGUGUAUGUGGUGACCGUUCUUUCUCCAGUGUACAGUGGUUGUAUAUGUGACUGUAGCAUGGUAACAGCAAUGAUUUCCCUUUUCUCAGUCCUCUUCCUGGUCCCUUGCCUCCCUUGUCUCUGCAUGCCAGCAUUGUGUAUGUAAAUCUAUGUGUACAUCUGUGCAUAUGGUAAUAUUUGAUGUGACAGUCUUCCCUGUGUACGUGUCAUUGGUGAUGUACUGCUUCCAGGAUGAUUGACAGGAGAGAUGUUUUGUAAUGCACAUUCAAAAUGAUCUCUGAAACCUGCCAGCCACAAUGUAUGCCUCAAGACCCAUGUCUGAAAGACUGUCUUUAGCAAAUUAAAAAGAAAGAAAACAUGCUCAAGAAUG